AUGCAGAGUUCUGAUUUUGUAUCCAAAGUUGUUGAUAUAGCCGUGAAAGAACUCAUUGCAGUUGCCACCAACAGAGAAGGGGCUACAAAAGGUGCUGGAGUUAGUGAUGAAAGACAAGGUUCAUAUUCAAAAAGUGUUGUAGAGCUAACAAAUGGUUCUUCAGAGGAUGCUAAAGAGCAAAUCUUGCAAAGGAUAUUUUUUGUUUUGUUUUGCAGAGGAUACCCCUCACAUUUUCCCAAAUUACCCCUUCCUCUACAAUGUUUUUUUGUUGCUGUGUAUUUUGUGCAUCAGGUAAAGUUGAUGGAAGAAAAGAAUAUGAAGCCACUUGAUUCAAAUCUUGCAGCAUUAUCAGCAAGAUGCAGUAAAAGACUUGGAGUUGAAUUUGGCUAAGUCAUUCUUAAGUGAGAUGGCCAAUGUACAACUGCUUAUCCAUAUAAUCAGCUGCUUGGAGCAU